GGCCGCCACCCCCCGCCGCCCAGCCGCCCCUUCCUUCCCGCGCGUCGCCUCACGACCGCCGCUUCUGUGUCCCCUCAGCCAUGUUGGCAGCCGCUCAGCUCCUCCUCAGCCGCCGCUGCGCCGCGCCCGUCCUCCGCGGCCUCGUCCCCCGCGCGGCCCCCGCAGCUGUAUUGCCUGUGCGCUGCUAUUCUCAUGGGUCACAUGAGUCAGAUGAAGAGUUUGAUGCUCGCUGGGUGACGUACUUUAAUAAACCGGAUAUCGAUGCCUGGGAGCUAAGGAAAGGCAUGAACACACUGGUUGGUUAUGACCUGGUUCCAGAACCAAAAAUCAUUGAUGCUGCUUUGAGGGCAUGCCGACGACUAAAUGACUUUGCUAGCGCAGUCCGUAUCUUAGAAGUUGUAAAGGACAAAGCAGGGCCUCACAAGGAAAUAUACCCAUAUGUUAUCCAGGAACUUAGACCAACAUUGAAUGAGUUGGGAAUCUCAACUCCAGAGGAACUUGGCCUGGACAAAGUGUAAACAUUAUUGAUGAGCUUCCUGUGGGGUUAUUGUUAAUGCUAUUUGAUUGUACAACAAUUGCCUGGAAUCAGACGUUAAAAUAUUACUUAUUUGAAAAUACUACUUCCUUUUAUUGAGUCCUGGAGUAUGUGUUGUGAAGCUGGACCUAAUAAAGGGGAACUGGUUUGAACUGAG